AUGCGUCCCUCCUCAGGCGAUCAGCCUUGCCAACAAUGUCGGACAGCCUCAAGAGAAUGCAUUUAUCCUGCCGAAGAACCUUUGAAGGGAGCAUCGCUGAAAGAGGAGCUAGAGCGUCUCCGCAAAAAGUGUGAUCAUCUAGAGAAAUGUCUGCAAACAGUGCUUCCAGACAACGCGGCAAGAGAUGACUUGCUCCGCAGCGUGGAGUCUGGAGAUACCCCUCCCGCAGCUUCGGUAUACUCGGAAUCAUCUGCAGUUGACGAUGGUGAGACGACUGAGGGCCGCAUGCUUUUCGACCCGGAUGGCAAUAUGAGAUUUCUUGGUGAGACGUCUGGCGCCACGUUUCUCGAUCUCCUGAAGGCUUUCAUGCUGACACUCGUGCCGUUGGCUUUGGCACCAGAACCGGGAUUAACCGUGCCUGAAGAUGGAUCAACAUUUGUUGCCUCUUUGGGGCGAUACCAGACUUUUGAUUCAAGGCCGCUACUCGACUUGGAUGUGGAUCCAUUCUGGCUACCUACUCGCACGGAAAUGAUCAUGAUGUUGGCGGAGCUGCGUUAUCACAUCCAAGACGGCAAUGGGGAUUUCCCUUCUGGAGGCAUAUAUUACUGGGGCGAUCUUAGCUCUAUGCCUGAAGCUAUCACACUGACCGUAACCCAGUCUGAAGCAGCAAUUUCAGAUCGCUAUCGCUACCUUGCCUUCAAUCAUGUUUCUUUCGCGCUUGCAGCACAGAUUCUGAAUCAAUCGUUACAUCAAGGCGAAAUACACGCUGGAGACGCAUACUUCAAAAGAGCUAGAAUACUCCUCGGUAACCCACUAGACACAGUGCGGUUCUCGUUGAGGGAUGUGCCUGUGCUUGCUCUAAUGGCUCUCUACUUGAUCGAGAUCAACCGUCGCGAUGCUGCAUACGUAUAUACGAGCUUGGCUAUGCACAUAGCUGUAACGCACGGUGCAGCUAGGCAUUGCGCUGAUGAGGCUAGUAAACGGGUCUUCUGGACCGUCUAUGUUCUCGAUCGAUGGUUAAGCUGCUUAAUGGGUAGGCCUCCGACGCUCGCUGACGAGGCCAUCCGACUUCCCUUGCCAAUUGAUGCACCUAACAUGCCUUCCUCUGCCGGUCUUCGUGCCCACGUACAACUCGCACGUAUAUCGGGAUUCAUAGUCUGCGAGACGUACAAGAUCGCACCCAAGAAGCUAGAUACGAACCCGGCAGCCCCUGACGUUGAUAAGCCUAUGGAAUUGCUGCAAGACUGGCUUACGCAUCUACCUGCGUCGUUGCAAAUGUCUUCAGCCCAGCCAAGUGCCGAUCCCGCAUGUUGCAUCCUCCACAUGGCGCACAACCAGCUCAUCCUAAUCACCAUUCGUCCGAUCCUUCUCACCGCGGUGAAGCGUGCCGUGGCAGAGCGAUACAUGAACGCUUGCAGCUGGAAAUUAGAACAACAACCGCAGUUCAACCGCAUAGAUGCCUGCUCGAAAGCUGCACAACGCAACAUCCACCUGGCACAAUGGGUCAUGCAGCUUUACAAUACAAGACGACUCCUCCAAGCGGGUCUGCAUUUCGUAUUCAAUGCGGCCGUCAUCCUUCUCCUCAAUCGCGUGCUGCGGAACCAAUCAGCAGCUGCAAAAGAAAUCGACUUCGCUAUCGAUGUCUUCACUCAACAGUCCCGUAUAGGGACCAACUACGAGCGGGACUGUCUGCAAGUUUUGAAGGACCUCAAGAUCUUGCUCGACCGAUUCUUGUCUGGAUCAUGUGCAACACAACAGAAUUAUUCCGCGAAUCCUGCAAGAGUAUCGCAAGGCUUCAUCAAUGACACCCAAUUUGACGUCGCCCAGGGCCGGCAAAUAUUACCAAGCAACGGAGGCAAUGUGUACCAAGAACUAAUCACUUGGAUCCAGGAUGACAACACGCAAUUACACAGUAGCUUCCGGAUCUAA